AUGGCAAACGACGCAGACACGGGCAGUAACUCGGUAAAGAGCUAUAAGCUCAGUCCAAAUGAGUAUUUCUCACUGGACGUACAGAGCGGUGGACAGCACAGUGAGUCUGCUGAGCUGGUGCUACAGAAAUCUUUAGACAGGGAGAAACAGUCUAUUAUCCGUCUGACUUUAACUGCUCUGGACGGAGGAAAACCUGCCCGGUCUGAAUCCAGACACAGGGGAAAUAACAGUGACAGGAAAGUAGACUAUGAAGAGCAUACAGCAUAUGAUAUUCGUGUUCAGGCAAGAGAUAGGGGCACACCCUCUCGAAGUGUGCAUGGUAAAGUGUUAGUGGAAGUAACUGAUGUUAACGACAACAUACCUGAAAUCAUUAUCACAUCUCUUAUGAGCCCAGUUAAAGAGAACGCUGAGAUAGGCACUGUGGUAGCUUUGGUGACUGUGACUGACAAAGAUGGAGGUAAUAAUGGUCUCACAAGAGCUAAAAUUCUUGGGGUGGUGCCUUUUAAACUUAAGCUAAACUACAAAAAUUAUUAUUCAUUAACAGUUGAUGGACCUCUUGACAGAGAGAGUGUUUCUCAAUAUAAUGUCACCAUCAUAGCCACUGAUGAAGGCACUCCGCCUCUCUCUAGCACCAGUGUUAUUCCUGUUCACAUUUCUGAUGUAAAUGACAACGCCCCUUUAUUCUCUGAGUCUAUGAUUAAUGCAUAUGUGAAAGAGAAUAGUGCAGUGGGAGCUACUAUCUUCACUAUAACUGCAGUUGACCCUGAUAUAGGAGAAAAUGCGAAAGUAACAUAUUCUUCACUAGAUGGUAUUUCAAAAAGUAUUCCUAUAACUUCUAUUGUAAACAUCAACUCAGAGACAGGAGAUAUAGUCAGUCUGCAGUCUUUUAACUUUGAGGAGUUGAAAACGUUUCAGUUUAAAGUUCAGGCCACAGACUCUGGUGUUCCUCCGCUCAGCAGCAACGUGACUGUGAAUGUUUUUAUCCUGGAUGAGAAUGACAACAGUCCCUCGAUUCUCGCGCCCUAUUCUGAGCACGGCUCCGUUAACAGUGAGAGCAUCCCCUAUUCUGCUGAAGCGGGAUACUUUGUAGCAAAGAUCAGGGCUGUAGACGCAGACUCUGGAUACAAUGCGCUGCUUUCUUAUCACCUCUCUGAGCCCAAAGGAAACAACCUCUUCAGGAUCGGAACCAGCACCGGGGAAAUCAGGACUAAGAGGAGAAUGAGUGACAAUGACCUGAAAACUCACCCUUGGUGGUGUUGGUUUCUGAUAACGGAGAACCCUCCCU